AUGCACGCAAAUCGCACCCUAUGGCUAACGGUAGUGAACGACGCAAAUCGGAUUUGCCUUCUAGAAUAUAACCGGCUUCAGGCAUUAGCAACUAUGUUUGCCAGUACAGAGCCAGCACUGAUCGUCUUAAUCGGGGCGGAUGCUAAAUACAAAGCCCUAAAGCCUAUACUAACGCGGCACCAAGGGAGGCCAGGCGUCCACCUGCAUUACCACGAUCUUUGUGGGAUGGCUGGGCCAGUACUCUUUGCGGAUUGCGGUCUUCUGGAUGUUGAUCUUACACCCCAAACAAGUACACACUAUCACCCCAAUCUAUACGUACCACACACCCGACGACCGCUCCUCUGGCUUGAAGGGGGGGAUGAUGGACCCCGCUCUCAGGACCAGGUUCGCCGUUUACUGUGCGGAAGUCUGCUAGGGCCAUUCACGGAUGUUAUAUGCAUUUUUGCUGCAGAUGUCGGCGGGCCUUCAGGCGUGGUUAGGCUCCUAUCUCACUGGCGAGACCUACGGGGAGUGGGGUUGUGGUUUCCAGAGGUUAUUGUGAUCUGGGAACCACCCCCGCUUACAUCUCUGGACCCCGUCUCCCAUGCCGUAGAAAUGCAACUGCUCUACGAGAUGAUAUAUGCGAAGGUAGGACCGCAACCGCUGGACCUGGAGGUAGUAGUGGUAUCAGAUACAAAUAUUAUGGGGCAGAUAUUGGCCUGCUAUCAAAAGGCCAGGAGAAGAAGGGGUCGCCGGCGAACCCUCUAUUCGUUUACCCAUACGGUCGCAUUGUUUCAGAAGGCUUGCGAUCAUGCAGUAAAAACAAUCAAGGAUCCAUUUAACCCGAUAAUUGCAUCACGUUACCAGAACCCAGUGCCACCGACCCUAGCAGACUGCCUUACAACCUUUCUCCGGGUUUUCAGUCCUCAGCAGUUCACCCAUACCAUACAGCUAAUUGCCUCUGGGAUUGCAUUCAAUGCAAUGCCCCCAGGAAUGCAUGGUAUGUCGAUCCUAGCCUAUACAUAGCUAACACUAACCUAACAGCCUUUUCGCCAUGUGAUAUCUUUGACACAUUAUAUCUUGCACCAUGUGAGAUAGCGAUUCGCGGAGCAGGAGUCAUCUCGCCAGUCACGCUCUUGGAAGACAUUAGGUCCCUUGCUCUAUAUGAGAUGGAUUCCCUUCAUAAUCAUCAACGGGGGUCAGCGGACUACCAUCUUGAGGCGCUGAAGAAGGGAUGGGGCCCAUGUACUAGGAUCCUCUGUGAUACUGUGUGCCUUAGUUGUAUUGCGCGGAUCCCUGAUAGGAGGCUCCCUUGUCAGCAUUCAUUUUGCGAAGUAUGUCUCGAGGUGUUUGGUGAGCAUUGCAAGGAUCAAGAAUAUACAUUCUACAUCUCUAGGUGCAUGGUUUGCUUGGCCAGCUUUGAUGGGGUUAAGGUCCAUAUACAGCCACCUACAGCUGGUGCCAGGAUACUGGCUGUGGACGGCGGCGGUGUGCGGGGGGUGGUGGCUCUUACCUCGCUUAUGCAGCUUGAGGCAGCAAUUAGCAGGAUAGUUGGUAUGGAGCUCCCGAUACAGGAGCAUUUCGAUUUGGCGGUUGGUACAAGCUCAGGUAUGGCGGUGGAUAGGGGUGUGUUGGUAUAGUGCUAAUCUUUGCCAUAUUAGGGGGCCUUAUAAUACUUGGACUAUUUUCUCGAGGCUGGUCUGUUGUUGAGUGUUUGAGACAAUUUAUCCGCCUUGCGAAUAAAGCCUUCAGAAGAAGACCUCGUCUCAAAUGCCUGCCUAUCCUAUCUUGCGCUAUAGACUAUAUGCUCUCGUUUAUGGCUGAUAGUCAGUACAGUGCUGAUACUAUGGAGGGGGCGCUGAAGGAGGCAUUCGGACCUGAGCGGGAUAUGUUUUCCACAGAUAAUCAUAGAACGAAGAUUGCCGUCACCGCCACUAUGACGAACUCCCUUCCGUGCAUAUUUACCAAUUACAACAAUGGAUCAGUACGACCAGCAGAGUGUGGUAUGUGUCAUUCCCCCUGGCACGUUAGGGCCGCAGUUAAUGAUGCAGGAUAUAUGCUUGUACGGCCAUACCGCCAUGGAACAAAGAUUUGGGAGGCGUAUGUUUAUACUCGCCCACCGUGACCAUUCACAUUCUAACAGGUUUAUAGGGCACGGUGCACAUCGGCAGCACCCUGGUAAGUGCAUAUACUCCAUCUCGCCUCCCCACCUGCUGAGGUGACAUAGGUACUUCAGCCCCAAGCAUCUUGCCGGUCUUGGGACAUUUCAGGACGGGGGCCUAUGGGAGAAUAACCCCACCAGUGCUGCCCUUUGGGAGUCUUCACACAUAUGGCCCAAUUCUAGUGAACCAGACCUUGUGCUUUCCCUUGGUACAGGCUCUACUCUAUACACCCCACAUUCAACUGGGCAAUGCCCUGUUGGGCCUCUCGAGCCCCGGGGAGACGGCAGUCUGGUUCGCGGGGGUGGCUUUCUUUCUCGGGCGUACCGCUCUUACAUGUAUCUCCUAGACGGUGAACCAGCAUGGCAGAAGCUGCUAGGAGGAUUACCAUUGCGGCGCAGAGCUAGGUUCUAUCGGUUAAAUGUUCAAAUACCAGGGAAGGAGCCAGGAAUCGACGACACUGCUGAAAUACCACAGUUAUGUAUGACGAGACCUUCUAAUCUUGCAUUAAAUGCAGCAGCAUGGGCCAUAAUAGCUAGCCUCUUCUACUUUGAACUGGAGAGGCCCCCAGUGUAUGGGCCAUGGGGAUAUGUUUGUGAAGGGCGCAUCCUAUGCCGGUUGGGCGUAGUGUCCCAAGGGCUAAUCCUGGAAGGGCUGGAAAGGCAACAGGCCAGGUUCGUGCGAUGCGGCGAACCGCUCACCGGCGAGUAUGGACGUACUGCUCACUUCACAGUUGUGGAUCUCCAGGUGGAGGUCUCAAUUGACCUAUACGUACAUCAUGAAGGCUCGCGGCCAAUAGGUGGCUCCCCAUUCACAGUUCACGAGCUCAUGCAAAGACAGCAUCUAGAUAGGCCCUUCGGAACAGCGAACCAUCUAAAACGUCAUCCCGCGAUAAGCGCUACCGCCCCCCCCAUGAAACGACGACACGUUUAG